CCUUCCGUUUAUAACCUCCACCUCCACCUCCAAAGCUCAAUGGCUUCCUCCUCCUCCCUCUCCUCAUCUCAUGCCUUCACCCUCCCCUAGAACCCUCCUCGCCCCUCCUCGAAUUCCCAACGCUCCGAUCGCCGCCUGACCCGCCGCGCCGUAUCCUCCCCCGAAUUACCCUCGGAAUUUCGGGGGCCGGAUCGAAUCAAGCCGCUUGGCCCCCGAUCAAGAGCGAACGCCUGCCUGAGGACGGUAUCCUCGGGCGCGGGUGUUUCUUGAUUCCUUGCUCGUGCCUGCGAUGGGGGCGCCGAAGCAGCGGUGGACGCCGGAGGAGGAGGCCGCGCUCAAGGCCGGCGUCGCCAAGCACGGGCCGGGCAAGUGGCGCACCAUCCUCCGGGACCCGGAGUUCAGCGUCCUCCUGCGCCUCCGCUCCAAUGUUGACCUCAAGGACAAGUGGCGCAACUUGAGCGUCACUGCCGGAGGUUAUGGGUCUAGGGAGAAGGCAAGAAUGGCAUUGAAGAAAGGCAGGCAUGUGCCUAAGGUCACUGCUGAGCCAAUGGACAUCGAUGCAAAUGAUAUGGACAGUGUUGAUAAUGCAGUCAUUGAUGCAAAACCAUUAGCAAUGGCUGUGGAACCCUUGCAGGUUGGGAGCAGUUCAGAGAAGUCAGUUGCUAGGCUUGAUGACCUCAUAUUAGAAGCUAUAAAGAAGCUUAAGGAGCCUUCUGGGUCUAAUAAGACGGCCAUUGCUGCAUAUAUUGAGGAGCAAUACUGGCCACCUGCUGAUUUUCAGCGCCUUCUGUCCACAAAAUUGAAGGCAUUGGUUUCUUCUGGAAAUUUGAUGAAGGUAAACCAGAAGUACAGAAUUGCACCAAGUUCACUUUCGUUAGGCGGAAAGAGCACCAAGGUGUAUUCCACUGAAGAGAUGAACGGAGAAAAUAAUGUUAAACAGCUAACUAAGCUUCAAGUGGAUGCUGAAUUGGAGAAGAUGAAAGGCAUGACUAAGGAAGAGGCAGCUGCAUUUGCUGCCAAGGCAGUUGCCGAGGCAGAAGUAGCCAUCGCAGAAGCUGAGGAGGCUGCAAGGGUUGCAGAGGCUGCAGAAACUGAUGCUGAAGCUGCAAAGGCUUUUCUUGAUGCUGUCACAUCAACAAUGAAAAAUAGAAAUGCUGCUUUUAAGAUGCUUCGAGCUUGCUGAUCCUCUCUACCCAUGCCGUCAUAUGGUUUUAGUCAGCAGAACUUGUUAAGAUAGCACUGGUGUUCUGCUGCAAAGCUUUUGUUACGAUAGAUGAGUUUCUUGUAUAGCCUUAUAGAUCAAGUUGCUUCAAUGGGAGGGAUUUUCAACAUGUUGCUGCUGGUCCUGACUGUGCUGUGCUACCCAAUCAACAGUACAAUAACAUGAAUGAUCGGGAAAGUAGUCAUCAAUUUUUUUUCACUUUUCCACAUUGUGUUGCUUUGUAAUUAAACUCGCCCUUUUCUUUAGUUCGAGUGAUGUCAAAUAGAACUGUAGUGAAAAGACAAUGUCAGAAAUCUGCCUUAGUUCAUGCAAAUUGCUGUGAUAAGAUA